AUGUUUGCUGGAAUAGACAGAAAAUUCCUACAGUUAUCCGGCUUGAGCCUAGUGUUAUGUUGGCUAUGCCUAAUGUUUUUGUAUGGCUACCGCCUGCUAUUGUUCUACUGCCGCCAACUAUUGUUAUACUGCCACCAACUAUUGUUAUACUGCCGCCUGCUAUUGUUUAAUUGCCGCCUGCUAUUGUUUUACUGCCGCCUGCUAUUGUUUUACUGCCACCUGCUAUUGUUUUACUGCCGCCUGCUAUUGUUAUACUGCCGCCUGCUAUUGUUUAAUUGA